AUGAAUAUUGUUAAAAAUCUAUUUAAGGGAACUACUACAAAUAAUCUUGAUAAAGAAAUUCAACAAAAAGGAUUUGAAAUCAGUCAAUGUUCAGAAAUUUGUGAAUCAUGUACUAGUAAAUUCCCUAAACAUUUAAAAUUUGAAGGUGAAAGUGAAGGUACAUCACUUUGGAAUACUACUAAACCUUAUGGAAUGCAUAUUAUUAUAGCUACGGGUAAAAAAGAUUGGUCUCAUGAUGCCAUUAAUGAAGAUGGUAAAAAAAAGGAUACUUUAAAAUAUAAAAUUGGUAAAUGGGCUGAAAAUAAUACAAAUUCACCAUUGGGGACUAUAAAAGUUAAUGUAUCAUCAAUGAGUUCAGAUGAAUUAUAUAUUAAUGAAAAUUAUAAAUUAGAAAAACAAGGUGAUUUAUUAAUUCUACCUUAUUUUUUAAAUAUCAAGGGGAUCACUAUUGAUGAAGUUGAUACCUAUUUAAAUGAAUUAGAAUCAUUAUUAAUCAAUUCUACUAAUAAUAAUGAUUCUACUAUUAUUAUUGAUGAAAUCAUUACCAAAUUACCUAAAAUAUCACCAAAUUUAAAUCAAAGUUUUGUAUUUUUUUGUUCUCAUACAACAAGAGAUAAACGAUGUGGUAUAACUGCUCCAAUAAUGAAACGAGAAAUUGAUAAUUAUUUACAAGAAUUGGAUUUAAUAAGAAAUUUUGGUGAUUAUCGACCAAAUGGAAUUCAAACAGAAUUUAUUAAUCAUAUAGGUGGUCAUAAAUACGCUGCUAAUGUGAUUAUUUAUUUAAAAAAACUGGGGAAAAAUAUUUGGUUAGGUCUUUGUAAACCAAAUAAUAUUAAACCAAUUGUUGAUGAAUGUAUUCUUGGUGAUGGGAAAGUUUGGCCUAAUAAAGUUAGAUUAUUACAAAAAUUUGAUCCCAUAGAAUGGUAG